AUGGAUGAUGAGAAGAAGAAGAAGAGAAACAAGAAGAAGAAGAACAAGAACAAACGUGCAGACGGUGACGGUGAUGCUAUACCUACCGGUGUAGCUAUCUCCGAGGAUGGGAAUCAUACAGGAGACGCUGACAUUGCUCAAACUAAUCAAGUCCCUGAUUCCAACGAGUUAGAACCAUCAUCAUCCCAACAGAUCACCAAUGUAGAUGAUUCUGUUGUUGUUGAGAACACGUCUCCAAAUAGUGAGGCGGUUCUGGAAGAAACAAUCAGACAGUUACGUGAUGAAAUUGGAUCCCACCUUCAGAAAGAGGCUGUUUUUGAAGAAAAUGUUAGACGCUUGGAAACUGAGAAUGGAGCUCACAUACAGAAAGAGGCACUGCUAGAAGAAAGGCUUGAGAAUUUGAAAACAGAAAAUGAAGCUCACAUACAGAAAGAGGCACUGUUAGAAGAAAGGCUUGAGCAUUUGAGAACAGAGAAUGAAGCUCACAUUCAGAAAGAGGUACUGUUAGAAGAAAGGCUUGAGCAUUUGACAACAGAAAAUGAAGCUCACAUACAGAAAGAGGCACUAUUGGAAGAAAAGGUUGAGCAUUUGAGAACAGAAAAUGAAGCUCACGUACGAAGUGAGGCACUGUUAGAAGAGAGGCUCUUACAUCUGAGAACAGAGAAUGAAGCUUACCUACAAAAAGAGGCACUGUUAGAGCAAAGGCUUGAGCAUUUGAGAACUGAGAAUGAAGCUCUCAAACAGAACGAGGAAAAGUUGGAGGAAAGGCUUGUUCAGUAUAAAACAAAGAAUGACGUGCUUGUUCAUGAAAUGUCUAGUACAGAAGUCAAAAUGAGACAAUUGCUUGACGAAAGAUCUACCUUCUCUCAGAAAGAGGCAAGUCUAGAAAAGAAACUUCAACAAUUUCAACAUGAUGAAGCAUCUUCGGUAGCAGCUGCCGAGAAGUCAUCCUUAGAAAUGAUCUCGAGCCUGAACAAUGAAAUUGGAACACUGCGUGCACAGGUAAUGAAGUUGGAAGAAUCCAGGAGUAAUCUUCAGGAGCAGAACAAGAGUCUUGUGGAAACUGUAUCCAAUCUUCAAGUCCAACGUGAAAACCAUGACAGUAACGUGAAGGUUGCUUCUGAGGAAGAACUAAACUCACAGAUUGAAGCAGCUUGUACUCUAGUUGAAAAGCUCAUCACUGAAAAUGCUGAACUUGUUGAGAAGGUGAACGAGUUGUGCAUUCAGCUAAACCAAUCGCAGCAUGCCUUUGCUUCACCUCCUGAGAGCCUAGCAAUUGAAGUGCAGAAGCCUGAUACCUUGGAAGAAAUACCCAUUCACGAGGAGUUGAUUAAAAUUGAUGACUCUGGAGACAUGGAAACUGCACUGGUAGACAGAAACUUGACAGCAGAAACGGUACCAGUUUCUGUGAACCCGAAUGGGGAAAUAGAUGUGGAAUCACAGGUUGUAGUAGCUAGGGAAGAGGAAGAAGCAAGUGGUGGUGUGCCUCUGGUGGACGCUCCACUGAUCGGUGCACCGUUCAGGCUUGUCUCGUUUGUAGCAAGAUACGUGAGUGGUGCAGAUUUGGCGGAAAAGAAACAGGUUUUGUAG